AAAUAUUUUUUGACUCACUGAAAUUAUUGUUUUAUCGAGUUAAAAAAAAGAUUUCAAACCACUCAUUAUUUGAUUAAAGUCUUAUUGAUUUUCAGAAAUAACACGUCGUGAACCGAUAAACACAAUUGUAUCCAGAAUCACUGUAAACUUUAUGCUGAAAUACACAGAAUCCACUUUCAGUGACAUGUGAUAGCAUUUUAAUUAAAUUGAAAAGUUUUCUAUUUGCAUACAUGUUGCAAUACAUUAGAUCAUGGAUGUAAAAAAUCGGAGGCGACAGGAAUCGCCAUUUAGAUGUUUGAAACCUUUGAUAAGAGUAUGGGGAAUAGCAACUUCUAUCAUAAUUUGUGGGAUUGGAGUUGAUAUCUUUAUGCAUGGAUACGAGGCUGGUUUUUAUUUGUUUAAAGGACAUUCUCCAAUAUGGAUUCGAUGCUGGAGAUGUACAGGCUUUUUUGGCAGUUGGAGACUUUCAUUUCCAUAUGUCGCACUUGGAGUAGCACUGUUAAUGUGGCCUCACAAUCUAUGGCUUAGUUAUGUGGGUGGAGCUCUACUAAUAAUUUUAGCUCUUUUAAGAAUGUUUACAAUAUUUCGAAUAAAAAUCCGUGGACGAGAGGAUAGUUUACUCCCGGAAUUCGAUGAGCAACAUGAUAAAUAUGACAUAUUAUCAGAUGGAGUAGACGAUAUAGCUGUUCAUAAUAAUAUAAGCUCUCAUACUCCACUAGAAGAUGAAGAAGCACUCGAUCCAAUUGAUGAGAUUUGACAGGAAGAUGAUAAUAGCUUCAUGAAAAAUAAUAGCGUAGAUUAUAAAUAUAAAGAGAGACGAAAGAAUCUUACGAGGCCAUAUAUUGGUUAUGGACCAUUAAAUAAUAAUUGUGAUAGUGUUAGAACAUGAAGAAAUACAUUGAAUCGAGUGCUUAAAGGAAAACGUUCGUGCUUUCAGAACAAAGUUUAAUUGAAACUUUUUCUUCUGAAAUUCCAACGUCUGAUUAACUAAAUAUCUUCUUUCGUUAAAACUUGUUGAAGAAAUAACAAAGAUGAUAAAAUGUGGGAAAUUAAGUUUACGUAGCAUUAGUUUUUAUAAUAAAGAUGAAUAUGACCAUUAUUAAGCUUAAA